AUGUCUCAAUAUGAUCGAUGUUCACUGAAUCCUGCAUGCGGUUGUUUACAUAUGGUUGGUACUGCUGAUGUCGGUAUUUGUGUCUUUAAAUAUGUCACUUGCUCUGAACUAGUUCCAUGCGAAAGUUCAAGCAACCUUUGUCAUGAUCCUGAGUAUACCUGCGUUCAUCAUCCUCGAUGUCAUAAUCUUCCUGUUUGUUAUCCGAUACGCAUGAUGGAUCAAGGAAUCUGUCCACCGAUACCAAUCAUUCCCAGUAUUCCUGUCAAUGCCAGUUGGGCACAGAAUGAAGUGACUGUUGCUGGAGGUUAUGGAUGGGGCAGUGACACCAAUCAAUUCUUCUGGCCUGAAGGUCUCUUCGUUGAUGAUGAUCAAACGACGAUCAUCGCUGACUGGGGCAACCAUCGAAUCAUCCAAUGGAAGAUGGGUGAUACAAGUGGACAAGUUGUUGCUGGUGGAAAUGGCCAUGGGAAUCGAUUGGAUCAAUUGAAUAAUCCAGCUGACGUGCUCAUCGACAAAGAGACGAAUAGUCUCAUUAUUUGUGAUCUUUGGAAUCGACGAGUCGUACGAUGGUCACGUUAUAGUGGCACUACACAAGGAGAAAUCCUCAUCGACAACAUCGAUUGUCAUGGAUUAGCCAUGGAUGAACAGAGAUAUCUCUACAUCUCUGACUACAAAAAGCAUGAAGUAAGACGAUAUCAAAUAGGCGGAGACAAAGAUGGAACUCUCGUAGCUGGUGGUAACGGCGAAGGUGAUGGCCUCUAUCAGCUCAAUAACCCGAGGUACAUCUUUGUCGAUCGACAACAGACUGUCUACGUGUCUGAAUGGGGCAAUCAUCGUGUGACGAAAUGGAAUAAAGGGGCAAAAGAAGGCAUUGCCGUCGCUGGAGGUCAACGCCAAGGAUAUGCUCUGACACAAUUGUCGCACCCUAACGGAAUCAUCGUCGAUACCUUGGGUACCCUCUAUAUAGCAGACGCUUGGAAUCAUCGAGUCGUGCGUUGGCCUCAAGGAGCGAAACAAGGCACUGUCAUUGCGGAUGGACAUAGUAAAGAAGAAGAAGCAAAUGGAUUCGCAUAUCCCCGUGGUUUGUCUUUCGAUCGACAUGGCAAUCUCUAUGUCGUCGACUAUGGAAAUCAUCGUGUUCUAUUUUUUGCUAUCCAAUAAAAUCGCAUUGUAAUGGGAAAAGAGUGUGGAUGUGGGUGUAGUUGUGGAUGUGGAUGUCACUAUUUUUUCUCGCCCACUCCACAUCGCACAACUAACGGUCUCACACCCACAUCCCCAUGUUGACUAGUAUGGUCAUUCCACUACGAGUAAAUUGUUCUCUGUUUUGUGCAAGUAUAGAGUGUACACGAACGAUGUUAACAUGACAAACUUGUGUUUGACUGUUAAGUUAUUGGUUCUCGGCCUUUUUGGCUAAGGUCAGAGGGUGUGGGUGUGGGUGUGGGCGUGAGUGUGCAUUUAUGAAAACCAACACCCACACCCACACCCCAUUCUUUAGAAUUCAUAUGAAUGUAUUCAAAUUGAUUACUUAUAUUCGAUAAUAGCAUCGACGGGCACCAAUAUGUUUAGUUACACUGCCCAUGGAUCAGUGGUACAAUCGUGAGUUAAACGAUUUAAAAAUAUCUUCUAACUUAGAAUCGCAACGAAGAACGAUAAGAAUAGUCAAUCCGUACAGCUUUUCUUUUCGUCUGUUUAUGCUAUACUCUGUGCAAAGAGAAGUCAACAUCUCUCUUGUAAAUUACACUCUGUUUCGAAAUCACUUGCUUGAUUUUCUGCACUUAUUAUAGAUCAAUAUAAAAAAAUCUGUACAAUACACUACUCAUCAGUUCAACAAUGUUGACUAGAGAGUUUUCAUUGUCAAAAAAUGGUAGAGCAAUAACAUUGUCUUCUUUUUUUCAGUUAUGUAACAGAUAAUGACAGAUAUUUUGAGAUGCUGUUCCACUUUUUAAUAUCGCAGAAGCAGCGCUGCAAGUUUAUUAAAUGAAUAUCAUCUACAGAGCAUUGAACAUACGUUAGCGAUAAAUUGACAUCAGUACUGUAGAAAUCAUUGAAAGAAUGCAUUUGAAGAUGUCAACAAAAUGAAAAAGAGACAUUGAACUAUUGUCAAUGAGCUCACAACUACACAUCUCUCUAUUACGUGUGAUGCUUUUUGUCAAAAAUUAACUUAUUCUUACAACAGAACGGUGUGUAGUGAUACACGAGAAGAUCGAUCAUGUUCGGAUCAUUUCAUUAGUCUCUCUGCUAAAUUGAAAAACUGAAAAUAUUACGUGCCUAUAGUGAUCGUAGACGCGGGUGUGGGUAGGAAUGAAAACAUUACUCACUCCCACACCACACCCACACUCCAUGCACAUACUCAUACCCAUACCCACGCCCGCACCCACGCCCACACCCCAAACCCAAACCCAUACCCCACACCCAUACACAUACCGCAUACCCACACCCACACCCACCCACACACCCACACCCAAUGAAUUCUAAGAAACACAACACUUUAGAUUUCGGGUGUGGGUGGGAAUAUGACUAAAUAGAAGACACGUAUCCACAUCCAUCAUUCAAAAUUUGUCAUUUUCUUUUCAACAAGUCAAAUCUCAUAACUAAAAAUGAUUUAUUUAGCUAUUUUUCGUCUUACUUCUAGGCAUCGAAAUCGAUUUUUAUUGGCUAAUAAAUAUAUCUUAUGCCUUUUCUUAGUAACUCUAUGCCCAAUUUAGAAACAUUAUGCCUUUGGAGAUUAGAUGAUUUUUCUUGGAUAUCUAGUAAGUGUAUGUUAAAUGAAAAAUUAAUUAGAACAAUUAUUUAAAUCUUAUUUAUGGAGCUUUGAAAAAAAGAAGAUGUAUAAUUCUUAUGAUUUUUUAUUUGAAAACAUCGAUCAGUUUUGUUUACGUAUUAUCAUUGUUUUGCUCAUUCAUUUUUAAUUGGAAUUAUCAUUAUACAGUAGAUAAAAUAGCUGGCCGUCGAAUGGAUUGCAAAUGUGGUUCAGCUAAAUGUCGUCGUCAAGUUCUCUUAUCUUUGAUCAUAAUUAAAUAAAGAACAAAACAGAUUUCGUAGAAUAGUGCCUUUUUUGUCUUGUUUUUUCUUGGAAAGUGAGGAGGACAAGAAAAAACGAAGUUCAACAUAUGUAUGUGAUCAUUAUUUGGUUUUUUAUGCUUCAUUGAUUCCUUAGAUGGAUUUAUCAAAGGAUAAAUAAAGUUUUUGUUGAACAAAAUAAAAAUCUUAAAUUUUGAAAUAACUCUCUUGAAAGUCUUCUUAAUCUUUUAAUUAGAGUGAUUUUUAUCAAACAGGA